AGAUAUUCAGUGCAAUCUAGCUAUGAAUGGAGAUGUCAUCUAAUGAACAGGACUGAAAAUUGCCAUUUUUCUUUCGGGUAUUUCUGUGGAAAAGUUGGUAAGACAUGUUGGAUUUCUACACGCAUUCAAACUUUGCGCAAGUAAGCGAGCUGAUUGUAUUUUGCUUCAUCCUCAUUUCUUGUCGCUCGCUGACAGUGACUGCUCAACUAACUAUUACGAAGGAGGAACUUUGCAAGACCCCGACCGUCAGUGACACUAUAUCCACAGGUUUUAAAAUAAAUGGAAUCACAAACUCAGCAAACAGCACUUCGACGCUAGUUUUGGUGCGCAUUCUGUCAAUCAGUGUGUGGACUCAAGUGUGGAAUCUCACUGAUAAAUUUCUUCUCCCUGGAGAUGAUCAUUACUACACUUCCACUUCAAUUUCAUUGGUGUUUGGUCUGUUGCUGAUGGGCGCGUUGUUUUUAUUCGACCAACUGAAGUCUUGUCUUCUACUUUGCUGCAAGAAUUCUUAUCCAGAUGAAGACGGCAAGGAGGGAGGAGCUAAUCGGAGGAUGCUGUUCCUGGUCUACUACUUGAUCUAAAGAAGGAAAUCAAAAGUUAAGAAACUAAUGUGCUGGAAAUAGAGGUGUUGUGUGCUACCGCGAUAUUCCUCUUUCUUUCCGUGUUCAGUCUGGGUUACAGUCAGAUCUUAGCAAGCUACACACUGGAUUUUGACAAGGGUAAUUUUGACCUGAACAGCCAUUUCCUCCUCUGGAAGGAUCCGGCUAAGGAAACUUCACUUGGAACGCUGCAUAGAUUCAUGAUCGAAUCAGAUCCAGAAGAAUCUAUGCGAAAAGAUACUGUGCACAUUCCUGUCAAUCAAAGCAAGGGAGAUUCCAGUUACGUCAAAACCCGGCAAAGACAGAACAAGUCAUCAACAACUGAUACAAAAAGUCUGAAAAAGAGUUUAUUGGCUAGAGAAUUCGCGCCUCUAGGAGAGACGGAAAACUCGAAUAACAAGGGAUCGGGUUCAGUUCGGAUUCCACUGGUUGAACCAGCAGUCCAUGAGCCUCUACUUAAUCAGAGAGACGACGAGGAAGAAACCUUUAGCUUGGAGCAACAUAAAUUAACGGACUAGUUCGAAAUAAGUCCUGCGUUUUACGAGAACAGUUCGCUCUUAAUUGCUAAGUUAUUUUAAGGAACUCUAUUUUAUCAUUAUCUUUUGGUGUAAAUCAUAAUUCAAU